UACUAUCUGAACGUCAAAAGAAACUAUCAUGCCGAUCCUCUGUGGGGAGGACUUGACAACUACCCAUUUGAAAGUGGCAACAGGCGGUACAGCGCACGAGAGGUACAACCGCUGAUGCCACUGACGCUGUUGGAUCGUUUGAUACGUGAUAGUGAAUUCGUGCGUAAAAGGGAGACACUGCUUAUAUCUUACAUUUCAUCUGCGAAUUCUGGUGGUACACGAAAGAGACACAGUUCCAUUUUCAUUUAAUUGGCGAUUGCUCUGGAGUAUGCAGCCGGAAUUUUGAGGACAACACUCAAGAAGUAAAGUCUGAAUGGAUGUAACUCACGCCGGUGCGCACUCAAUAAGAACCCUGCACCACUGUAACGGUUCACCUGUGUAAUACUAUAUCCUUUUGCUAAACAUGGAUCAGUCACAAAAUUUUGUAGCAAUGUACAUUCUUAUGUUGUCGCUCGGACUUAUAAUAGAAGAAGGGCUAUGCCAGCAUUAUUACCUCCUCCGUCCUAUCCCGAGUGACAGUUUGCCUCUUGUGGAAUUAAAAGAGGACCCAGAUCCGAUCUUUGACCCAAAAGAGAGGGACCUCAAUGAAACCGAACUUAAAAGUGUGCUGGGGGAUUUUGAUGGUCGCUUUAUUUCUGUUACAGCACCACAGGACAAAUACACUGGCAACGAUGAACUUGAUGAUAUGGACUUUCAGCAGAAACCCAGUGGAGCGAUGCCUAAAGAAAUUAAAGCACUGGACUUUGACAUACAGUUUGGCAAGAAGCACAAACCCAGUAAAAAACUCAAACGGAGGCUACAGCAGUGGCUGUGGUCAUUUUCGUUCUGCCCGGUCAUUUACACAUGGAACGACCUCGGGAACAGAUUCUGGCCACGUUACAUGAGAGUGGGGAGCUGUCAAAGCAAACGAUCAUGUUCGGUUCCAGAGGGGAUGGUCUGCAAACCAGCAAAUUCAACCCAUUUCACGAUAUUGAGAUGGCGAUGUAUACAGAAGAAAGGGGGUCUAAAAUGUUCUUGGAUUCCAGUACAAUACCCCAUUAUAACCGAAUGCAAAUGCGCCUGCUCGAACUGAAAUUACUGUUUAAAACUAUAAAUUAUGAUUACCAAUUUUGUAUGUACUACCGAGUGUAGGAAUGUAUUUUAUGUACAUGUGGAGCCAUUCAAUUAUAUAGGUUCUUGUAAAAAGUCAGUAUUAGGCCUAUGUGUAACCAGUCUAUCGUAUUUGUAGAAAAAUAUUGGUGGGCCUUUUGUAUUUAUAUUGAAGACGGUUUUUACGUUGUUUUCGUCUAUGGAAAACGAUCUAUCGACCUCAGAUAUCUUGCAGCUGAGACAGCUGAAUAUCGGUAGCCUAUUUUAAUGAUUUAUCAUGUA